UGCAGCUGAAAUGCCUCCGGGCAGCCCUGGAGGAUAAAGGGAUUUUGGAGAGUGUGGAACUGAACCUUGCUGGUCUUCCUCCGGUUUGCAGGCACCAUGGCUCAGCUGGUGGAGUGUGUCCCCAACUUCUCAGAGGGUCGAAACAAAGAGGUGAUCGAUGCCAUCUCGGCCGCCAUCUCCAGCACCCCCGGCUGCAGCCUGCUGGACGUUGAUGCCGGGGCUUCAACCAACCGCACCGUCUACACCUUCGUGGGCUCCCCUGAGGCCGUGGUGGAGGGAGCGCUGAGCGCCGCCCGGCAGGCCUUCAGCCUCAUUGACAUGAGCAAACACUCAGGUGAGCACCCCCGGACCGGAGCGCUGGACGUCUGUCCCUUCAUCCCCGUCAGGAAUGUCAGCAUGGACGACUGCGUCGGCUGCGCCAAUGCAUUUGGACAAAAACUGGCAGAGAUGCUGCAUGUUCCAGUGUAUCUUUAUGGAGAAGCAGCUCGGACUGAGAAGAGGAGGAAUCUUCCGUCUGUGCGAGCCGGAGAGUACGAAGCUUUACCCGUCAAGCUAAAACAGGAUGAGUGGGCCCCUGACUUUGGCCCCGCCAUCUUUGUACCAUCAUGGGGCGCCACGGUAACAGGCGCUCGCAAGUUCCUCAUCGCCUACAAUGUGAACCUGAUCAGCACCAAAGAACAGGCUCAUCGCAUCGCGCUGGACGUCCGGGAGCAGGGCCGCGGGAAGGACCAGCCGGGGCUGCUGAGGAAGGUACAGGGGAUGGGCUGGUACCUGGAUGAAGCCAACAUCGCCCAGGUCUCUACCAACAUCCUGGACUACGAGGUGACCUCCCUCCACACCGUGUACGAGGAGAUCUGCAGGGAUGCCGAGGAGCUGAAGCUGCCGGUGGUCGGCUCUCAGAUCGUCGGUCUGAUCCCUCUGAGGGCUCUGCUGGACUCCGCUGACUUCUACAUCAACAGAGACCAACUCUUCAUCAUUGAAGAGGAGCACAAAGUCCGACUGGUGAUCAGUAAACUCGGCCUGGACUCGCUUGGCCCGUUCAACCCGCAGGAGAGAGUCAUAGAGUACAUGGUGAAGUCACAGGAGGAGGGACAGCUGGUGUCGUUGUCGCUGCAGAAGUUUGUCCACAGCGUUGGAGCUCGGACAGCGGCUCCUGGAGGAGGAUCUGUUUCUGCUGCCAUCGCUGCUCUGGGGGCAGCACUGGGGGCUAUGGUGGGUCAGAUGACAUAUGGGAAGAAACAGUUCGAGAAUCUGGACGGUUUGAUGAGGAAGCUGAUCCCCCCCUUCCAUCAGGCCAUGAACGAGCUGCUGCACAUGGUGGACGCCGACUCCUCCGCCUUCAACAGCUACAUGGCAGCACUAAAAAUGCCAAAAAACACUGCAGAGGAAAUAAAAAGGAGAGAAGCUGCGAUGCAGGAUGGUCUGCAGCAGGCCAUCAGAGUCCCGCUGGCUCUGGCUGAGAGGGUCAGCGUCCUCUGGCCACAUCUGAAAGAAAUCGUUGCCAACGGAAAUAUCAGCUGCAAGUCCGACGCACAGGUGGCAGCUAAAGCCCUGGAGACGGCUGUCUUUGGAGCAUACUACAACGUCAUGAUCAACCUCAAAGACAUCACUGAUGACGCAGUCAAAGUGGGCAUCCAGAGAAGAGUGUCAGCACUGCUGCAGGAGGCGAAGGACAGUGUUCGAGCAGUCCUAGACGCUGCAGAGAAGAGACGCGAAUGAAGCUGGACAAGGUCACCUAAGCCUGAAUAAAAUGCUUUAAACAAA